AUGGCAGCUACAGAAAUUGAUAUUGAUGAGGCUGAUGUUCUCGUACUUUCUCAGAGUCUUGAGAAAGUCAGUGAAUUGACUUUUCAAAUUAAAAAAUCUUUGAAUAGAAUAGGUGUUACCACUGAUCAGUCGAGUAAGUUGUUCUCUCCUAUUUUAUCCAGAAACAAUAUGUUGGCUACAAUGCAGAGAAAUAUAGAAAGUACGUUAAAUUCCGUAUCUUCGGUAAAAGAUUUGGCAAACGAAGCAUCUAAACAUGAAAUUGUAUUACAGAAGGGAAUAAAAGAGGUAGGAUUAAAACCAUACAUAAAGGCUAUUCACAAGUUGGAUGAUAUGUUGGAUGAUAUCAAGUCAAAUAAUUCAAAUCAAGAAAAGAAUGCCGAAUUUACUGGUAUUUUAACACACUUGGCAGAAUUGAUUAAGUCUAGUGAAGGCUCUUUAAAAAUAUAUUUCAUUGGUAUAUUAAAUAUGAUUAAGCCAUUUGAUCCUCAGAUAUAUAUGAAUAAAAAAAUGCCCUUCCCAUAUUUCGAGGAUGAACAUUUAUUAGAAUUGUCAAUAAUAUUGGAUUACUUUAAUAACUCUUCUGAAAAUUCAAAUAUCCAAGAUAUAUUUAUACAAGAAAGAACAGAAAUGAUUCUAAAAUGUAUGGCAUUCCUAGAACCUUUUGCAAAACAAGUGACAACUUCAGAAAAUGCACCUUACGAAAAGGGUAGUAGCGGCAUUCUAGGUUACACAGAGGCAUUGUUGGGUUUCAUUUCAAAUGAACAAUCUUUAGUAGAUGAUUUAUACGUCCAACAACCUGAUUUCAAGCCACAUAUUUUGUCAAGCAUCGUUAAGCCUCUGUUAAAUGCUUAUGUUAGACUAUUUAAUAUUAAUAUCAGUAUGAUAAAGAACAAUUUAGAGAAUGCUGGCGUCUUUAGUUUCGAACUGAUUGAUAGCAUAAACGAAGUAAAAAGAUCACUAAGAGGUAAUACAUUAAAAAAUUAUGAACCAAUAGAAGAAUGCUACAGAGUUGUAAGCAAAUUAACGCAAGAACCAUUCAGAAACAGUAUUCAAAGAAUUAUAUCGAAGACUAAAAAUAUAACUACCAUCCCAAGUGAUAAUGGUGUUACUGAGGCAACUGUUGACACAAUGUCACGUUUAAGAAAAUUCAGUGAAUACAAAUCGGGUUGUUUAAGUGCAAUUGCCACGAUGAAAAGAGAAAACUGGCUGCCACCUGAUUAUGUCGAGAAAGAAUUUACUCUAAAGGGUAAAUUGGUGAACAAUGAUCCUGCUUCCUUAUUUUCCUGUUUCUUAAGUGAUUGUAUAGACACUUUGAUAGUAAGCAUUGAACGUAGUGCUCAAAGGAUUCUGAUUCCAAAUAUUGAGCCUGACGUAGCCAAUCCAAAUAGUUCUAGAAAUACUCAGAAACCACGCAUUGGUUUCUUUAUUAUAAUGAAUCUUGUGUUAAUUGAACAAAUCGUCGAAAAAUCAGGUUUAAAUUCAUUGUUAGGUUCAGAUGGUCACACAAGAUUGGAAAAAUUAAAGAAACGUUAUAUCAACUACUUGGUAUCUGAUUGGAAGGAUCUAACUGCAAACUUAUUGGAUUCAGUCUUUGUUGAUAGUUCUGGUAAAAUUGCGUCAAAGGAUAAAGAUCAAAUUAAAGAAAAAUUCAGAAGAUUUAAUGAGGGUUUCGAAGAAUUAGUCUCUAAAUUUAAGCACUACAGACUAUCUGACCCUGCAUUAAAAUCUUUAUUAAAAUCAGAAAUCAUUGCAUUGGUAAUGCCAAUGUAUGAGCGUUUCUAUGGGAGAUAUAAGGACUCAUUUAAAAAUCCAAGAAAGCAUAUUAAAUAUACACCAUCUGAAUUAACAUCUGUCUUAAACCAACUUGGGAGAUAA